AUGAUAUCAUUAACAAAUAAUAAUAAUAAUAAUAAUAAUAAUAAUAAUAAUAAUAAUAAUAAAAAAUGUUCAAUCCAUCCAAGUAAAAAUGUUGAACUUUUAUGUUUAGAUUGUAAAUUAAUACCAUGUUGUAUUUUAUGUGCAUCCAGUAAUGGUUCUCAUCAUCGUCAUGGAUUAGAACCAAUAUCAAUAUCAAACAUUCUUUCAAUGAUGAAUAAUUUUAAAGACGAUGUUUACCCGAAAUUACUUGAAAGAAUUGGAGAUAAUAAACAAACAUUAAAAGAUUCCAAUGAAAUUUUCAAUGAAAUUCAAUUACAAAAUGAUGAAAAUAAAAAAUUACUUAAAGAUGAAUUUAAAAAACUUCAUCACAUACUCUCAAUACUUGAAUUAGAUAUCGAAAAACAAUUAGAAACAAUUUUCCAAGAAAAUACAUUAAUAAAUGCAACUAUUACCUCCUCAAUCAAUAUUGAUAAUAAUAGUAAUAAAUAUAAUAAUAACCCAAUGAUUGAUAAAUUAAACAAUUCAAUAAAAAAUAUUCAACAAAAUUAUAAUGAUUAUGAUUAUGGUGAUGAAGAUAUUAUUGGUUAUCAUAAAGGUACUGAUACAAUUGAACUAAUUAAACAAUAUCAACAAUCAUUAUUGUUAUUAAAAAAUAAUAUAAAUAUCAAUAAUCAAAAUAAAUUAAAAGAAUAUAAUAAUCAAAUCAUUAAAUUCAAUAAUCAAAUAAUUGAUGAAAUUAAAAAUAAUUUAGAAUCAAUAUAUGAACUUAUUAAUAAUAAUUAUAAUAAUAAUAAUAAUAAUUAUAAUAAUAAUUAUAAUAAAAAUAAUAAUGAAUUAAAUGAAAAAUUUAAGAUUGAAACUGAUGAAAAUAAUUAUAAAUUUAUAAAAAAAUUUGGUAGUGGUGAAAAGUAUUAUUUAUAUUCAGAGAACAGUGAAUUACCAAAAGAUGAUGUUAAAAUUGCACUUGGAGAAGAGUGCGGUAGUUUAUUAAAACUUAAAUCAAAUAAAAAUUUUUGGCAUGUAAUAUUAUUAGAUGGAUUUAAAGAAAGUUUAGAACCAGGUGUAUUACCACUUGGUAUUGAAUAUUUAGAUAUAUAUGAUAUUAAAACACCCUUGGUAAUUGGAUCAAUACCAUCACGUGUUGGGUGGUUAUCAUUUCAUGAUGGAUUUAAUCAAUCAAUUGAAGCUGGUAUUAUUCCUUCGAGGGCUAAAUAUUUAUAUCUACACGACAUUAAAAAGCCAUUAAAGAUUGGUUCAAUUCCUAAUUCUGUAAAUCAUUUGCAUGUUUGUGAUGGAUUUUCCCAAUCACUAGAACCAGGUAUUAUUCCCUCGAGCGUCAGAUAUUUGAAUUUAAGAGAUAUCAAACAUUCAUUAGAGAUUGGAUCAAUUCCUAAAACUGUAUCUUAUCUUUGUUUACAAAAUGGAUUUAAUCAACCAUUAUCAAUCGGUACCAUUUCUUUGAUACCUGAAGGUAUACAAGAGUUAAGUUUAAAUAAUAUUAAAAGUGAAUUAAAGAUUGGUUCAAUUCCAAAUUCAGUUGAAUCAAUUACGUUUAAUGAUGGUUUUAAACAAUUACUCUCACCAGGUAUUAUACCAGAAAGUGUAAAAUAUUUAUACUUCUAUAAUAUUAAAUCACCAUUAGUUGUUGGAUCAAUUCCUAAAUCAGUCACUAAUUUACAUUUCAAUGAUGUUUUCGAUCAAUUAAUAACACCAGGUAUAAUUAGUGAUGGAGCGAAAUUCUUAUAUUUAAAUGGUACUAAACAAUCAUUAGAAAUAAAUUCAAUACCAAAUUCUGUAACAUAUCUCAGUAUUUAUGGAGGAUUCAAACAUCAACUAACACCAGGAAUCAUUCCAAAUUCAAUAAAGCAAUUAACAUUAGGAGAAAUGAAUACACCACUAAUUGAAGGAUCAAUACCCAAACAUAUACCAAAAAUUAUUUUACAAUAUAAUUUUAAUCAAUCAUUAGAUAUUUGUAAAUUAGAUGAAUCUGUAGAAAUUAUUAAAGAAAUAUAG